UAAAUGCAUAUAUUUCCAGCCUUUACAACUACCACGUGGGAUUGGGGAGGAGGCAGGUGUUUGUCCUACAAAACACAUUCAAGAUGACAGCCGUUCAGAUUCGCACAACAACAAAGUGGUUAAAGAGCAAAGUGUCCUUGUCUCACAAUCAGAAACUUGUUCUGAGGGAAGACAGACCAAGAAGGGUGACUCCAUCUGUUUACACCCAGGAGAUGUUACAGUCUACAGAGGAGCGCCUGGCUAACACCAAUGAGAUACACCCACCCCGGAUCCUGGAGCUGCUUGACAUGAGCAAGUCUACGCAUUACAAAUUGUCCUCGGUGGAUGUGGACCAGGCGCUUUUCCAGCCCUACCCAUCUGAGCUGGUCUUUCAGAACUUCACUCCUGCGCAGACCUACAAGUUACCGCUACUCCUCCUCAACAAUGACAUGGUUUCACGACAAGUGAAGCUGGAGCUGCAGGACUCAGAGUACUUCCGUGUGGUCGGUCCAAAGAAUGCAGGCAGCAAGGUCCCACCAGGAAUGUCCGCUACUUUCACUGUGCUCUUCACCCCACAGGAGAACAAGGACUACCACCACAGACUGGUUUGUGUAACAGAGAGGGAGCGGUUUGAGGUCCCAGUCCGUGCCAUUGGGCCACGAGCCAUUCUUGACUUUCGAGACGAGCUCCAUUUGCCCCUCUGUGCGGUGAAAGCCUCCACACAGAGGACUCAGCUAGUCCGCAACAUAGGAAACAGCGUGGCCAAGUUCAAGCUACACACACAGAGGCCUUUCUCAGUGACCCCCACUUCUGGGACUCUUGAUGUAGGUGAGAGCAUGCAGGUGACUGUGGAUUUCCACCCCACGACCAUAGGAGAUCACAGCCAGGACCUGCUGCUGCACUACCAUACUGGUGAAGAUGUGUACAUCAGCUUGUACGGAGCUUGUGAGGAACUGAACAUUAAUCUGGAGCCCGACUCCGUCUUGUUGAAGAAGACUUACAUCUCUCUGGCCAACGUACACACAGUGUCUCUCACCAACAGGAGUGAUAUCCCUCUUCGGUACUGUUGGUCAAUGUGGCCCAGCCAGGAAGAAGAGGACCUGAGCUUAUUGAGGGAGAGCUCAGUACUCGAGCAGAAGCAGGAGGAUGAGAAAGAGCGGCUGAUUUUUCAGUAUGCGUCCGACACCACAGCGAUCCAUCGCCUCCCGCUGCUGGCCAGAGCCCUGCAGGAAUGUAGAAGCCAGGCUGCAAAGGACCACCUCCUGGCCCUCUCACACAGCUGCAUAACUGUAGAACCUACGGAAGGGGAAAUAUGGCCCAACACUACUGCACAGUUCAACAUUGUCUUCAAGCCUGAGGAGGCCAGCCUUUACCAACAAACCAUGUACUGUGAUAUCACAGGCCGUGAAUCUCGUUUGCCUCUCACAAUCAAGGGUGAGGGCAUGGGACCUAAACUCCAGCUCAGCUAUAACCUGAUGGAUAUGAAAAACGUAUUCAUCGGUGACAAAGACUGUUAUGAGGUGCUGGUGUCCAACAAAGGGCUGAUUGAUGCCCCUUUCAAGCUGUCAAGCCCCGACACCACUUUCGGCCGUUGUUUCUCCUUCAGUCCUGAGGAAGGUGUUGUUCCCUCUGGGGCCUGCCAGAUUGUGGAAGUCACCUUCCACAGUCGCAUCUUGGGAACUUUCUCUGAGGACUUGCUGCUAGCUGUCACAGGACAGUCUGAACAACUUACCCUGACCUUCAGGGGUUGUGUCAUUGGUCCUACAUUCCACUUCAGUGUUUCAGAGCUCAAUUUUGGAGAUGUAGCCUUUGGUUUCCCACUAACACUGAUUUGCACUCUCUUCAACACCUCUUUCGUGCCUAUGACCUUUGCCCUACGUGUUCUUGGUGAUGGGUUGGGAUCUCCUAGUGUUACCAGUGCCAAACAGGUAUCGGACAUGUCCAGGAACAAUUGGCAAGGCAGUGCAGCUAGAGACCUUCAUGCACGGCCUGUAGAGUUCACCGUCAGCCCUGCUGUAGGCUCUGUGCGUGCCAUGUCAGAUAUCACCAUUAAGGUGACCCUGUGUUCCAACACAGUCAGGACAUACAGGCUGGCUCUGGUGGUGGAUGUUGUAGGUGUCGGGGAGGAGAUCAUGACUCUGCCUAUCAAUGCCAGGUGUCUUGUGCCUGAGAUUGUGGUGCAGACUCCAGUGUUGGACUUUCACAGGUGUUUCCUCAAUUACCCCUAUGAACAGCACGUGCAGCUUACCAACCCCAGUGCCCUGCCUGCCUGCUAUGGCGUGCUUGAUCAGGAAUACGAGGAGACUCCGUCACUGCUUUUUGGCAGCUCUGUUCCCAGAGGAGUGAUUCUUCCUCACACUUCAGAGAAGCUUCCCGUGUCCCUGCUGGCUAAGGCCGUUGGAAAGCUGGGUCACACCCUGCACAUUGCUGUGUUCGGCAGCACCCAACCACCUCUGGAGGUGGUCCUGUCAUGUAUUGGGCAGGGUCCAGUAGUCCAUGUUCAGAGCCCACAGCUGCACUUUGGCAGAAUCCCAGUCCUGACGGACAUUACUCGAACCCUGCGCCUGUCAAACCAGUCGCCUAUUCCAGCCCGCUUUACUGCUCGCACGAGCCACAGAAGGUCCUUUUGGCGUGUUGAGCCCAGUGAGGGGGAGGUGCCACCAGAGAGUCAGUUAGAGCUACAGGUAGUAGCACACCUGAAGGACACGAUCCACUUCCAGGACAGGCUGGAGGUGUCCAUCCAGGACAGUCAAAGGCACACGGUUGCUUUGUCUGCCACAGGCACUGGCACCACAAUUGUCAGUGACAAGCCUUUUGCCCCAAGCCUUGACUUAGGAACACACUUCAGCCAUGGAUCAUGCCAGUACCACUUCAAGCUGACCAACCAUGGCCAGCGGAUACACCAGAUGUACUGGAGGACUGAAAGCUUCCUGCCCAACACAAAAACCCGCAAGGGGAACGACUUGUCUGGCCAAACCUUCUUGCCCUCUAUCUCCGCUCCCAGGAAGAAAGAUGUUCUGAGUCGUGGCUCUUUACUCUUGUCUGACAGAGAGAAGCCGGUGUUCAGCCUCAGUCCUUCUCGAGUGGACCUUUUCCCAGGGUGCUCUGUUGACAUGGUGCUGAUGGGAUCUUCAGACACCUCCAAGGUUGUACGGGAACGCCUGGUGUGCAAAGGCAUUGUGGGUCAUCAGGGCUGUUACGAGAUCAUCAUGUCUGUGGAUGUUACCUGUCGUUUUAUUGCUCCUGUGCUCAACAUUUCCUCCAAGCAACUGAACUUCUACAUAGAGAAGGCCCCAGGAAAGAGUCUAACGCCACUGUAUGAGAAGCUGGUCUUGAAGAAUGUGUCAUCUCUGUCUCUGUCCAUGAGGCUCUCUCUUGUAGAGCCGUUCUCUCUGUGUGAGGCCCCAGGAGCACAUAGCUCAGCUACCACUAAGUCCAUGGUUUUAGGUGACGGGAGGCAGGCUGAGUUGUGGGUUUGCUUUCAUCCAGUUUACUGUCAAGAUCGGGUGUCACGAGUCGUGGAUGAGUUCCUCGAGGUGUACUAUGAGGGACACCCACAGCAAGACGUGGUGGAUCUGCAUGCUGAGGUCCACUUUCCCAACCUCCACUUCUCCUCCACCACAGUGGAUUUUGGCUGUGUGCUCAACUUCACAGAGACUCAUAGAGUAAUCACGAUCACCAACUGCUCCCCGCUGCCUGUGUCCUACCGCUGGGCUUUCCUGGAAGACCAGAAUCACUGUACCAUCAGAGAGACAGAGAUACUAGGGGAAGACGAGGAGCAGCAAAAAGCAGAAACUGAGUCUGAAGAAGGGAGGGCUUCCUCGACAACACCUUCUCCUGCCUUUCCAGUUCCUCUUAGCCCCAGGCCUGGUGUAUAUGAACAGAACAGCCCUGUGCGUGUGGAAGAGGUAUUUGAUGUCUUGCCAGUGUAUGGUCAUCUGCAACCUGGAGACCAGCAGCAAGUCACAUUCUUGUUCUACGGCCAUGAACACAUCAGCAGAGAGGUGGUAGCUCAGUGCCAUGUCGAGGAGGGGCCUACAUAUGAAGUCAAACUCAGAGGAGAGGCGUCGGUAAUCAGCUACAGCCUUGACUGCGCCCACAUCGACUUUGGCCUGCAGCUUUUUGAUCAUGUGGGAGAGUCUGUGGUGACCCUAAGGAACACUGGCAAGAUGGGCUUCAAAUUCAGUGUCAUACACCCUCAAAAGGAGGAGGAGGAGGAGGCAGAGGGACAGACGAAUGCCCCAGAAGAGGACAGGCAGCAGUCAGAUGCAGAGUAUCAAAAAGAAAAUAGGCAAAAUGAGGAGGGGCAGAAAAUCAUACCUGGCCAUCCCAUGGUCAUCCCCGCCUUGGGUUACGUUGAUGCCGGUUCGGAACAACGCCUGCGUGUGCUCUACCUCCCUGGCACCCCUGAGGUGUUUGAGAAGCGGCUUCAGCUGCACGUGGCUUUCCUACCACCUCAGGACAUCACUGUGACUGGAGAGGGAGUGUUCCCAAGGAUCACGCUGAACUUGCCACGAAACCUGUCAGAGGAGUGCUACAGUGAUGUGGUGCAGCAGGCCAGAUCAGCUGUGGAGGCAAAUGGAGUCAGAGAGGAGCAUAUGCAUGCAAUUACCAGUGGUGGACCAACAACAGAGGCCAGCUGCACACUCACAUAUGAAGAGCUGCUUCACAUGGAGACUGAGAGAGUACUGGUCAAAGAGCAUGCUCUUGCUGUGACUGGUAGCUUGCUGGAGCUCAGAGACUCAGAGGGUUCCUUCAGAAUGUGGCACAAACUUAGCAAGUUCCUGCUCCCAGAGUACGUUCUGGAUUUUGGUCACGUCAUUCCCGGCACAGUCCUCAUUCACACUGUAAAUGUCACCAAUACUGGAUCAGUCCCUGUGUCCUUCCAGGCCAAUCGCAAACGUCUUGCCGGCACAGGUUUCAGUGCUGAAUUUGAAAGAGUGAAGAACCUGCCCGGUGGUGAAACACAGACUUUCACUGUUAAAUUUGAUCCUCAAGGAGCCAAACUGCAGAUGGGGGACACACAUGUUGUCAUGCCUAUACAGGUUUCAGGUGGUCCGAUGGUGCAGGUGCGGCUGUGUGCAGUGGUGACCAUGCCGGCCAUUACUGUUUCCACGGAUACACUGCAGUUUGACACUGUACAGUGUGGCAUGUGUCAGAUGAAGACAGUGCAGCUGUUGAAUCAUGAGUCUGUGACCUGCCACUGGAGCAUAGCUGAGGAGGUGAAGCCUUUUAAAAAGGUGGAUAAGUUCCUGCCUCUUUACCAGCGUAAAAAAGUAUUGCGGGAGCAGCAACCACCUCCAGUGGUCUUUGAGAUGAUUCCCGCCUCUGGCAUUCUGACCCCGGGUGAACGAGUCAAUGUCCAGAUAAAGUUCAGCCCUGCUGAGGGGCAAGCUUACAGCAGGCAGUUAGUGGUCCACGUGGCUGAGAGCACCCAGCAGGUGUUCAUCACAGCCCAGGGUCAGGGUGAGGCGCCACAACUUGAGUUCUGCCCAUUGGUGCUGGAGCUGGGGCCUUGCCUGCCUACGAGCACUGAGGUUGAAGCUGAGGUCGCAGUCAAAAACCCCUGCUCUUUCCCCAUUGAGUUCUACUCCCUGGAGUUAGACACGCAGUAUCUCGAGGAAGAAAAGAUCCUGCGUCUGAUGCAAGGUUAUGAUGAGAACAACACAUUACUGUUGCCCCCCAGGGUUCCUGGAGAAAGUCUUCCCACAGAACUUAUUGACUACUACAAGGAAUAUUGCUCCCAGCUUAAAGACGAUGAGGUGAAGGCAGGCUUGCAUAAAGAAGAAGAAGCUGAGAGGGACGACACACAGGAAGAAGAAAAGAGGUCAAAUCAAAAUUAUGUCCACCCAGCAGACAGCAGAGAAGACAUACACACUAACACUGUGAAGCCAGCUGAAUUAUUCAUUUCAGAGAUGACCAGAGAGGUAAGCAGUGGGAGACUGGGACAGCUAGAAAUGACCCCCGUCACCAGAGCUAUUGCCCGUCACUUGGGUGUUGACCUGUCCCCUGAGGGUCUGGCUGCGCGCAGCCGCAGAGGCAUUGCUAUUAUUGUGUAUGGAGCCCCACUGACAGGUAAGAGCAGCACAGCGGCUGCUCUGGCUCGUCACUAUGGAGGGGCAUGUCUGAGCGUUGAUGCUGUGGUCACAGAUGUGCUGGAACACGGCACUUCACCUGUUAGCCUGACAGCAAGACAACUCUAUGACUCUGCUGCUGCCAAGUGUGCUGAGGAAGCCGCUCAGGCCACUGAAGGCACCACAGAACCAGGACGUCCUGACGCCACAGAUUCAGCUCCAAAUUCAGCUCCAGCUUCACGUGAUACUGUGAAAGGUCUUCUAAAACCCAGUCAGGAGCACUCCAGGAGAAAUGGCUCCAAGCCUCCUCAGGAGACUGAAAACACAGACCCUGUCCUUUAUCUGGGAGGAGAAGUGACCACACUCUGCAGUCUCUUACCUGAUCAGCUACUGGUUGAUAUCCUGACGGAGAGAUUUCAGUUAAGAGAUUGUCACCGUGGCAUAGUGAUUGACGGCCUGGAGUCUGUGUACACUAAAUCAGCGGCGAGGACGCUGCAAGUUGUCCUUAAGGCCCUUAAUAACCGCAAACAUAUCUACGCAGUCAAUUUGUUUGAUUCUUACAUUGCCCUGAAGGCACGGGAGAGAGUACAGAGAGAAGCUGAAGAGGCUCUGCAGAAGGAGAAAGCAGACAGGGAGGAGCAGUGGCUGCAGGAGCUGGAUGAGGAGGAGUAUGACGCUCUGCCAGAGGAGCAGAAAGAGCGUAUUACCCAGCGACACAGAGAGAAACUCAGACAGCAGAAACUCAGGGAGCUCGAGCGAAUUGUGAAAGAGCAGGAGGAGAAGAGGCAGCAGGAGGAGAUGAAGAGGUUGAGAGAUGAAGAGCUGAAGAAGAAGAAUAAAAAGGGUGGAAAGAAGGACAUUAAAGAAGUGUCAAGGAGGAAGAGCUUGCUGGAGGGAAAGCAGUCAACAGAAACUUUGAAUAGACAGUGGGACAACUCUAAAGAGUCACUAGUGGAAGCAAGAGAGCAACAUAAUUCAAAUGAAGGGCACCAUAGCAAAGAGGCCGAUGAUCCACAAACACACUCAGAAGAAACCAAAGCAUUACAUGCAGAGUCUCCUCAACGCACAGACAAGCUGGAGAGAGAAAAGAGUAUAGAAACUGCAGAGACGAAGAGGCUAAGAGAAGAAAAGGAGCUGAAGAAAACUAAAAAGGGGAGCGAGAGAGAUAACAAAGACGUAUCAGGGAGGAAGGGAACAUCUGGUGGAAAGGAGUCAACAGUUGCACUGGAUGAUCAUCAGAUGUCACCUCCACUCGACUCUAAAGAUUCACUAAUGGAUGCAAGAGAGCAAUGUAAUGUAAAUGAAGGUGUCAGCAAAUUGCAUCAAAGCAAAGAGCAUGAGCAUUCGCACAAGAAGACAGAAGAACCCAAGGGAUCACAUGAGGAGUCUCCUCAACCUCCAGACAAGCUGGAGGGAGACAUGUCUGGUGUGGAUGAGCUUCAGACUCAGUUCGGUACGUAUGAGCGGAGCCAGGCGCAGGUGGAGCACAUCCUGCAGCACUGGGACCGGGUCCAGGGCUUGUUGCUGGUCUCGCUUCCCAGUGAAGAAGCCCCAACAGUGUCAGAGGAUGCCCCAAUAGAGCAACCGAGCCCCGCUGUUAAACGGAGCAAGAAAGCCAACAGCAAGACCAUGUCUCCGAUGCCCAGUCAGACGGCAGCACCAGCUGACGCAGACAAGGAAGGAGACAAGGUGUCACCACAGGACAUCAUCCCUCACAUUGUGCUGAAUGUAACAGAGAAAGACUGUCCGAGUGCCACAGAGCUGCUCAGAGGCAGCACCCUGCCUUCACUGGAUGAGGUGUUGGACAAUUUAGGGUUGGGACCCAGCGGCCCACCCAUCCCUCCUCCGGUCACCUUCUCUAUUGUUCCUUUCCCUAAAAACAGGGAGCAGUCUAACAGUCAACUCACCUGUGACUGUUUCACCUUCCUGGUUCCUUCAGGGACAGAGGAACAGGAUGAGGAGAAGAAAGAUUCAGAGGAGGAUGUGCAAUUAUCGGUUGUGAAGGAGGAGGCAGUGGCAACAGCGUCUAAGACUCGUGGCAAAGGCAGCAACAAGGAGAGUGCAGCAAUAAAGGACAAGGACAGAAAGGGCAGAGAAAGUCAGAGGAGCAAGAGACAAACUUCAGCAAAGACAAAAGCAAAGGGAGCAGACCGGUCUCGUUCACCGCUACAUGUCUCCAUGUCAUCUGACUACACUGAACAAGACCAACACCAAGGAAACUUAGAGCUGAAACGCAACCAGAGCCUGACAACAUUUCGCUGGGUUGUACCAGCCAACGGUGAGGUGGUUCUGAAGAUCUGGUUCUACUCAAACUCCCCAGGGAAGUUUGAACAGACCUUCAACUUUGAGCUUCUGGGGACCCAGAGACACUACCAGCUCCUCUGCAGAGGACUUUGCACCUAUCCCUCCAUCUGCAAAGACUACAUGACUCUUUUUGCUCUCAGCAAAAAGGUGCCACAAAUGAAAGAAGGGCUGCAGAAGGCUUAUGUAGUCAAACCUGGACACUUUGAGUUUGGACCACUACUUUGUAGCAAGACCAGAGACAGAUACAAGGAAAAUAAGUACCCUGAGAACACAGAGAGAUUGGUGAUUCACAACAAUUCAGGCCUGGAGGCUGAGAUCCAGUUCAGUUUCCUUCAUGACACACAGGCCACCACAUAUCUGCUGGACCCCCCAACCAUGACUCUCAAACCAGACCAGAAACAGGAGUUGACACUGUGGGCCUACCCAACAAAAGUGGGUCAAAUGAAGGACAGUGUCGUUUGCUGUAUCAAGGACAAUCCAGAGCCUGUCACCAUCAACGUCUCCUGCUGUGGCGUUCGGCCAGAGCUGGAGCUGGAAAGCAAGCAUUUGCACUUUGACAGGAUUUUGCUCCACAGGCGGGACAGCCGUAGUGUGACGCUACAUAAUAAGACAGCUCUGCCCGUAUCCUGGAGACUGCAGGGCGUGGAGGAGUUGGGUGAUGAGUUCAGCGUGCCACAGGAUCAGGGCAUCAUCCCACCUAACUCCUCUUUCCCCCUGAGCUUACACUUUAGGGCCCGGAAGCCACUCCACAUUAAAAAGAUCUUACGUUUGGAGGUGUCCGAUGUGGAGAAGAUCCUAGGCGUCGUACACACCGAAAACAUACAGGUCACAGCUGAAGCCUACGAUAUAGCUCUGUACAUCUCACCAGAUGAGUGUUUGGACUUUGGAACCAUCAGAGUCUUUGAAGAGGCCAAACUGUCUCUCAGGAUGAAAAACCAAGGAAAAUAUGAAAUAGCCUACAAGUUUACAUUUGAGCAGACAGAUCCAACCCAACCAAACCUAGAGUCUAUUUUCAACGUGUCCCCCCAGCAUGGUACUCUGAUGCCCCAUGACAAGCCCACAACAGUGCAGAUCCUCUGCAGACCCAAUACUGAAGUCUUAAUUAGAGAGCAACCUGUCCUUCCUUGCCAGGUGAUUGAACCCAACAUUGGAAAAGGAGGAGAAACCGUAGCCGUCUUAGCCGUUAAGGUUUCAGUCCAGUCUGUCUUCUCCAGGUACAAGAUCACACCUGCUUGUGACAUCAACUUCGGUCCACUGGUCUACGGCUGCAAGAAAAGCCAGAGCUUCACUAUUGAAAACAAUGGAGUCUUUGAGACCCGUUUCAGCAUCUGCCGUAUGAUCACAGACCCCGUUGUGUUAGGGAGGCCAGGGGGUGCAGGCAAGAAGAUCCCUCAUGAGAGUAGGAGUGAGAGGCCCACUGCUGCCGAUGGCAAAGUGAGACGUGAGUCCAUCCAGAAAGACAUGAAUAUAAUACAGAAUCGACUCACCAUGGGGGUCUUCUCAGUGUCUCCAUGCACAGGGAGCCUGCAGCCAGGAUCGCAGCAGGUGGUGACAGUGGACUGCGUAGCUGAACAGCUGGGCCACUGGAACCAGGGUUUCCUCAUUGACAUCAGUGAUCGUGACCCCUCAGACCAGCCUGAGGGCAUACCAUACAGACUGCUGGCUGAGAUCUGCAAGCCAGGCAUAUUGUUAGACAUGGCCUCCAUCUUUGAAGAGCAUCGUCUGUGCCACAGCAGCAGACAGCUCUCCUCUGAGCAGUUUUGCACCGCUGAAGGCGUUUAUCUCCUGGAUGAGAACAAGUUUAUCUUCAACAAAGUCCUGGUCAGGCAAACUGCUCAGGCACGCUUCAAACUCACCAACAACAGCAAAGUGCCCUGUGUCCUCAGCUUGGCCAUCAAGUAUGGUGGCGUUAAGUCGUCCCGUAACAUGGAGGUUUUUGAUUUGUCUGCUACAACACUGAGCAUUCCCAGCCAAUCACACUCAUUCGCUGUGGUCACCUUCACACCACAGACAAUGCAGCUAUACAGUGCUGUGUUUGAGGCCACAAUGGAGGGAACCAGCAGAAUGACGCCCACAUUUAAGACCAAGGUGCUGGAGUUUGACCUAAUGGGAGAGGGCAAUAUGCCAAGUGUGUGUGUAGUGCGUCCAGCUCUGAGGAACAGCGGGGGAAGCCCAGUGUUGCAGUUCAGACGGGUAUUGGUAGGGCGGAGACGUACCCUGUCCCUGGUGCUGCUGAAUGAUGGAAGUGUUCCAGCUCAAGUUCAGAUUGACAUGCUGGAUAAACAUGGUGUGUUCACCCUCAAAGCUGCUCCUGGCAACACUUGCAGCUCCAUCCGCUCCACACAGCUGGAGGGCACCACUGACUCAGAGCAUCAGGUGGUGCACAGAGCCAUUCUGAGGCUCAGUGUUGACGAGCAGGUGGGGUUUGAGGUCAGCUUUUGCUCUGACAAGCCGCUGAGUGUCAAGGCCAAGAUGACACUGCAGGUGAAGGACAACGAGUACAGCAGUACCAUAAUACGAGUGUCCGGAGAGACUUACCAGGAAAUAAUCUCUCUCGACAACAUCAGCAAGUCAUCACAGGAAAUGGAUCAAGAAGAUGAUGAGAAAGGUGAUUACGAAGUUUUGAAUUUUGGUGACUGCCAUGUGGAUUGUUCUUACCAAGAGAGUUUCACCAUGACCAACCACAGCAGCAGCCAGGUGGUGAAGUUUGAGUGGCCUCCUGCUGGACCCCAUGUCUUCUUUUCCCCACAGGUGGGACACCUUCAUGCUGGUUGUUCUAAGGAAGUAACUGUGACCUUUAGCUCCAAUCACCCUGCGACUCUGAAGAGCCAGCCAAUGAGAUGUAAGCUUUGUCAGGUGGAGUUCCAGCAGCCACUGGAGCAGGUGGCUGACUGGGACGACCGACAGAGGACAGUCCAGUGGCUGAGUGCCUCAAAGCAGGCCUCAGGAACACAACCACAGCCGCCUGAGAAGAAUAAGGUGAUAAGGACAGACCCUGAGCCCUGCUGCUCUGUGGUUGAGGACUCGCAGUGGGAGUUGGAGUUGCGCAUCAGCGCAGUUUGUGACUAUGUGAAGUUCAGCUGCGACACCAACACUGUCCACUUCAAAGACACCAUGCUUUACCAAACCAGACUCCACCAACUGCAGAUAGUGAAUGAGGGUAAUAUCAAACUGGAAUACUCCUGGCAGGUCCUCAUGGAACCAAGCAACAACACUGUCAACAAUGACCAAAGAGAUGAGACCUCCGUUUCUCGACCUGGCAGCAGGUCAGCGGGAGCGUUGACUGGAACCCGUCCUGCCAGCGCUCUGGCCAGCGUGAUGUCUCUUCUGAUGGGGAGCCCUGAGCUGCCACCCUUCAGUGUUGAGCCCAGCGUGGGGGCCAUAGAACCUGGUUCCACUCAGAACUUCAGCAUUCGCUUUUCACCUCUGGAGGUGGCCCAGUUCCAGGGCAGGCUGCUCUGCAGUAUCCCCAACUUGCAGGAUGGGGAUCAGGCUCCCUGUAUCUCGGUGUGCGGCCGUAGCCUACAGCCCCACUGCCACUUUGACCUUGAGGACUCAGACUACAUCAGUGGGAACCACCGCAAUCCUGAAUUCAGGGACCCUCUUGACCCUAACAUCAGGGUCAUAGAGUUCAAAGCUGUUGGCUUCUCUGUGCCAUCAAAAAGAUGUUUUAUCGUGGUGAAUCCAACCAGUAAACCCUACUCAUUCAAGUGGAAGUGUGAAGACGCAGGUGGUAGCCCAUUUCACUGUCUCACCCCAUGUGGUACCAUCCUGCCUGGGAAGAAAGUGGAGAUGUGUUUUGAAUACGUAGCUGAGCAGCUGGAUGCGGUGGAAUCAUUCUGGAGCUUUGUGAUUGAGACUCUCUCACUGUCUUUUCCCUUCCUGUGUGUGGGCAACACCAGGGAACCGCUCAUCUAUCUCAGCAGACCUCACCUUGACUUCGGAGACCUGCUCGUUGGUCGUAAAGUGGAGCAGACAGUCGAUCUGGUGAAUGGAGAGGAGGAGCCUUUUCACUUCACGGUCCUACAGUCAUCUCUUCUCUCUGAAGACCAGCAGUCCAGCCUCAGUUUGCAGCCCAUGAGCGGGACAGUGUCACCUAAAGACAGGUUGCCAUUGUCAGUAUCCUUCACACCUUGCCGGGAGGGCUACAUAAGCUUCAGACUGGUUGUGAGGGUGAAGAGAAGGUCAGAGCCACUCACGCUCACUGUUAAGGCCGACUGUUUCACCAUGAGCACUUUGGUUCAGGUUGAGAAUCCAGACGGAGGCCUCAGAGAGAUCAGCUCCAACCACCAAGACACUCUGGACUUUGGAAAGGUGGGGAUUUCGGAGCAAUCCACCUUUCAUUUUCUCGUGUCCAACCUGGCAAGAUUCAGCCUGGAAGUGAAUUUUGACCUAACAGGUCCCAGCGAGAUGCUGAAACACUUGGAGCCAAAACCACAAAAUGCUAUUAUUGAGGUUGGGGAGCAGCUGCAGUCCUCACUCUUCUUUUGUCCCCAGAGCAACUGUAACCUCCACAAUGUCAGACUGAGUAUCAAGGUAAAGCACGGGCCAACAUUUACCUUUGCCAUUAAAGGCAGAUCUGUAGCACCUAGCCUAGACUUCUCCUUCACCAAGUUCAACUUUGGCAAGUGCUUCCUGUACUGUCCUGGCAUGGUGCCGGCCUCACAGACUCUAGUGAUCAGCAACAAAGGCGAACACGACAUCAGUGUCCAGUGCCAGUUCAAGAACACCUCUUACCUGGAGAUGAACUUCAAGCCAGAUGUUUUGUCCCCUGGUGCUGUGACGGAGGUACCAGUCACCUUCUACCCCCGUGAGGCGUGUCGAUACCAUGAAAAGAUCACCUUCAUCUUAAACAGCUGUGUCACGAAACAGGUGGACAUACACGGGCAAGGCAUCGAGAUGAAGCUGGAAGUGGAGGAUCCAAGGCAGAGGAAGGUGAAACUGGGAUCUCUGAUGUUGGGUCAGAAGGUGAAAAAGCAGGUGGUUCUGGUCAACCGCAGCCCUGCAGACCUUAGCUUUACCCUGCUCCUCAACACAAACAAACCACUGGACCCAAAGGAUCUGUCGGUCAGUCCAGCAGGUGAGCUGAACCUGAAAGCCAGUGGCGGUUCUUGUAAUGUUGAGAUCCAGUUCUCACCCCGUCAGCACAUACCGCCCUUCAAGGCUGAGCUGCAGGCUGAGUUUGCGGGCCUGUUACACCCCCUGCUGACCAUCCAAGGCUGCUGUCAGGGCGUGGAGGUCCAGCUGGACCAGGACCACGUGGCCUUUGGAGCUGUAGUUCAGCGCUGCCGGGCCAGGAAGAGGAUUGUCAUGAUGAACACUGGAGACAUUGGUGCCAGGUUCCACUGGAAAACAAAGAAUUUUCCUCCGGAGUUGUCCAUCUCCCCGGCUACAGGCUACAUCUGUCCAGGCAUAGAGGUUCCUUUCGAUGUGACAUUUGCCCCUGAGGAACUGAGCAAUGACACAAGAUAUGAGAACCUGUCUUGCUUUGUGGAGAACUCCUCCUCCCCCAUCGCCCUCACUGUGACAGGCUCGUGCAUUGUAGCUUCCACGAGCAAAGAGGUGGUGAAUUUUGUAUGCCCAGUACGUGGCUCUCACACCCAGACGCUACCCAUCUUAAACCCCACGAACCAGCGGUGCAGCAUCAGACCUGUCAUCGAGGGCAAACAGUGGAGCGCUGCGCCCUCCGUGACCCUUGAACCCCUACAGAACAAGUCAUACGAAAUCACCUACCGACCGCUGACCAUGACUGCUGAUGGAAAGAAGCACCUGGGAUCAGUCUUUUUCUCCUUCCCUGAUGGGACAGGCAUGCUGUACUCCCUGCAGGGAACUGCUGAUCCUCCCAAGGCAGAGGACACCAUCAUGCAUGAGCUGCCUGCCAAGACUAAACACACAGAGCUGCUCCCUGUGCACAACUGGCUCUCUAAGCAACAGCGGUUCCGUGUGCUGAUAGACAUACUGAAGCCUGAAAAACCAGAUGCUACAGUGUCUCUUAAGGGUCUAGAGUACAUUGAUGUCCCUGCUCUGAGCAAGAGAGACUACAAGAUGUCUUUCUUCACAUACAGAGAGGGACAGUACGACACCAAGGUGACAUUUCAUAACGAGGUGACAGGUGAGUACAUGUUCUACCCCGUUACCUUCAAGGCCACAUCUCCAGGCGUCCUCUCCACCAUUGAGCUGGUGACCACUGUCCGCCGGACAGCCUCGGCCACUGUGCAGGUGGAGAACCCCCUGGCCACAGCUACCUGCCUCACCACUGAGUGUAAAUGUUCUGACAUCAGUGCUCCACCUCAGCACACUGUGCCAGGACAGUCCAGGGGCUCUCUGAGCUUUGAGUACCAGCCUCUGCAUGCAGGAGAGUCUACAGCCCGGCUGACUCUGCACAAUAAUGAUCUGGGCUACUUCCACUACAACCUGCUUCUCCGAGCUCUGCCACCGCCACCAGAGAAAACCGUCCUCUUCAACGCUUCACUGGGCAGAAGUCACUCUGUUCUUGUUAAGUUCAUCAACUACUCCCGCUCCAAAACAGAGUACUCAUGCAAGACCGAUUGCCCGGACUUCACUGUGGACAAAAGUGUUGGUGUUUCACCGGGCUUCCAGGCGGGGUCAGAGGCCAGCGUGGAGGUUUGUUUCGAGCCUCAUCGGCUGGGGGAAGUUAGAGGCCAGCUCAGCCUGUCCUCAGGAAUCGGUGGUGAUUACAUCUUCCCCUUACAUGGGAACUGCGUCCCUCCCAAAGCCCAGGGCCCGUUUAGCAUCAGGGUUGGUCGUAACAUCACUAUCCCCUUCAAGAACGUGUUCCUGCAGACCACUGAUUUUUCUUUUCAGGUGGACAACCCCUGCUUUACAGUUAAAGGGGUGGACAGCAUCCUCUCCAAAAAGACACAAAACAUCCUGGUGUCGUUUGACUCCCCUGCAGGAGGCUCUCCGGGGCCCUGGUUUGGCAAACUGACCAUCUCCAGCCAGCGCUCUGAGGGCCACAGCAAGCCCUGCUCAUGGGUCUAUUACCUGAAGGGAUUCCGCCCUGAGACACCUUAGAGAGAGAUAUAUGCCCACACACACAAAAGGACAAACACACAUAAAUGCCAAAGAGAAUACAAAGGCAGCCAUUUGGGCUGAAACCUUUAUUGUGUUGACUUAUUUUUAUGAUUCUUUAGUUUCAUAUGUUGACAAAUAAUUUAUUCAGAACUCCAGCAUUAAUGCUGAAAAUACAUGUGGGCAUUUCAGUCUGUGUAUUUAUGUGGUUUAAACAAUUAUUUGUCACAAAUUUGUUCAUAAAUAUUUCAAUAGUUCACUGAAUAAAUCCA